ACAAAAAAUCAAAAAUAAAAAAAAAGUCCUAUUCCGAUUAUACAGAUGUACUUACAUAAUAAAUACAAAUAUAUUAUAGGAUCAUGGCCACAGUAUAUGAGGAAAAUGAUAUGGACAAAGAAUUCGCCCAUUUUUGGUCAAAAGUAAAUUGUUAUACCGUGGUUAGGUUUCCAUACGAUGAUAGAUGCGAAUUUGUGAGAAAGGCCAAUAGUUGCGUAGUUGGCACGAACUUCCUCCCAUAUAUGCAGUUAAUGGCGUGCAACUUUAGAUGUGAGAAUCGCUUCGAAGAACAUGUCUUUGUCAGCCUUUUUAUGAUUCUAUCCUUUGCACUACUGCUCUGCAUGGGACUUGUGGCGCAUAUUUACUAUUCUCCAGCAUUGAAGGUUAUCUCUCGAAUGCUUCAUUUGAACGACCAUUUAGCGGGAGUCACGAUAAUGGCAUUAUGCCAAACUAUACCGGAUCUGCUAUUUCAGAUAACGAUAGUUAAUAAUCGGGAUUGCGUUUUCGCCAAUUACGCUGCAAGCUCUAUGUUCGAAGUGAUGUUUACAGGAGGAUUGAUCUGUUAUCUAACACCAUUUCAAAUGCAUUCUUUUAAUACGGUGCGAGAUCUGCUGUUUUUAAUUUUUGGAUUAGCGCUGUUUGAGUUACAGCUGUUUACUGACGGCGAAUUAAGCUAUUUUGAGAGUUUGGGAAUGAUAAUGGUGUAUGUCGUCUACUUGAUCAUCAAUGUGAUUGACUUUUUCCUAAUCAAGUAUACUCUGAAAGUGCUUAGGCGUGAGUUACUUGAAUUGAACGAAAUGGCCGAUUCACCUGAGCGUAUUGCGAGGAGAAUGCACUUGACCAAUGAAAUUAAUGAGCUGGCUAAGGAAGAACGCGUAAAAAUUUUAAAGCGACGUACAACUCGUACGAGGCAACAAAAUUUCACGUUUAUGACCCAACUUCCCAAUGAACAUGAACGGGUCGAGAUUCAAAAAUAUCGUACUUCUCGUUACUCGCGUAUGAACCAGCAUCUUUUCAGAGAGUUCUUGUCAGCUAUCAAGCCGAUCAAUGCAGAAGAUUGGAGCCAUGCCAGUAUGAGUCUUCGCGCCUUCUAUUUAGCGCGUGCUCCAAUUGUAGUCGUAUGUGCCAUUUAUAUACCGCUAGUGAACUACGAGGAACCAAAGAACGGUUGGUCCAAGCUACUCAAUUGCAUUCAACUAUUCCUCAAUCCAGCUAUAACAAUCGUAUUGGGGAAAUCAUUAAUUUUCAGAAAUAGGAGCCAAUUAUGGUAUAAGAGCGUAGCUGGGGAUUUCAUAUACGGCGUAUACUCUCUGGUACUGACUGUCCCAUUCGCCAUAUUUGUAUUUUUUCACUCAGAUACGAGAGCUCCACCUAAAUAUCAUUGGAUAUUCUCGAUCUUAAACUUGACUGGUUCCGUAUUUAUAAUAUUUCAGUGCGGCACCGAACUGUGUGUAAUAUUCGAAAUGGUUGGAUAUAUCUAUGGAGUUUCAUCUCAGUUUAUGAGUGUAACUGUAAUAGCUAUAGCCAAUAGCCUGGGUGAUCUGGCAACAAUUAUAGUAAUGGCCCUGCAUGGAUAUGAGAAAAUGGCUUACGCAGCGACACUUGGCAGCCCGUUAUUUGUAAUUUUGUUGCACUGUAGCGGUGUGAUAGUUGUGAAGAAAGCUAUGGGCCAAAAUAGUUCAUUCCGUACAAUGUCUGGAGAUUAUGGUGGAAUAUUGUAUAUACUGUUCACAAUGGGUCUAUUUAUGACGCUUCUAUGGACUACCUUGCUGAACUUUAAUGCGCGACGUUCGGUAGGGAUUUUCUCGAUGUCCGUCUUUGGUCUAUUCAUAUUAUAUGCGACUUUAAUCAAUAAGGGAAUCAUCAGUCCCUUCAAACAUGAUGGAUUAGUCAACGAUGCCUUUGGUAAUCAUUAGAGCACUUGAUAAUUUAUUAUGUAAUAAUUUAAAUUU